GUUCAGUGAGUGUGAGCAAAAGUAAGGCAGCUCAACAGGAAGGCAGGGGCCGUGAGAAAGGGCCCUGUGAACGUCACGACUGCCUUACUCUUCAGGGCAGCCCGAGCAAAAUCUGGUCCAUGUUUCCAGCAGCCGACGCAGGACUGCCUCUAGCGAUUGGACAAUGCUGCUGUGGUUACAACUUAAGCUUCCAGUAGCGAACUCAUUUAUGGAGAAAAUUACAGGCAGAGCCAGUAUGAACCUGUUCUUCAACUCCUGUGUCUGCGCUGAUCACUGACAGUAGAUGUACAAUAUGGCAUCAGACUUCAACGACAUUGUCAGGCAAGGCUACGUUCGCAUGCGAAGUCGAAAACUUGGGAUUUACCAGAAAUGCUGGAUCAUCUUCAAAAGAGCUUCCAGCAAAGGACCCCGUCGGUUUGAGAAGUUCCUUGAUGAAAAGGCAGCUCAGAUACGAGCCUAUCACAAAGUGACUGUCCUGGAGAGUGUGCGGAAUGUGUCCCGUAUGCCCAAGGACAGCAAGAAGCAUGCAGUGUCCAUCAUGUUCCUGGACAACUCAACAAAACAGUUUGCCUGUGACUCAGAGCUGGAGGCUGAUGAGUGGUGUAAAGUGCUGUACCAGGAGUGUGUGUGUUCACGACCAGACGGCAUCAGGAGUGGGGAACCUGACCUGCUCACCAACGGGGCACAGAGGGACCAUAAUGAGCGGUUCCACGUGUUCCUUCUUCAGAACCCAAACCUGGACAUAUUCGGGGAGUGUCUCCUCCAGGUGACACAUGAGAACCUGUACCUGUGGGACAUCCACAACCCCAAACUCAAGCUGGUGACCUGGCCACUCACGGCCCUCAGGAGAUACGGCAGGGACCAGUCAAGGUUCACCUUCGAGGCAGGAAGAUCAUGUGACACGGGGGAGGGAUUGUUCACCCUGCACACCAAACAGGGGGAGCACAUCUACCAGAAGGUUCAUCACGCCACCCUGGCCAUCGCUGAGGCGCAAGAGAGGAUGAUGAGGCUAGAGGAGGAAAGAAUAGCAAGGUUACAGCAGGAGUCCAGACAGAGACAGACGCCUGUCAGUCAUCGUCGGCAGGCCAGUUUGACAAGAUACAUCCAGCCGUCAUCAUCCAACCAUUACAUCUGUCAGAGCAGUUUGCCGGAAUACAACAACAUCUAUGAGGAGGCCCUGAACGUCAGAUUCGGAGGCCCGCCCAAUGUGGUGCCGACUUCAGCCCCAUCCAACAUCAGGUCCCACAUAACUCGAUCUCCCAGCAGCCCCCAUACCUACGUACCAGCAACAGAUCAGUCAGAUCUAGACACGUAUGAGGUGCCAGUCGACUGUUUGUCCUCAUCACACAAUGCUUUAUACGAGUGUCCAGCAGAGGAGACCAGUAAACAAAGGGUCAUGUGGGAGUCCAACUCCUCAGAACCUCUCACCCCCAAUGGGAAUGAACAUUUCACAGACCUGGGCAGGUUAAACCUGCUAGAAGAUUCAAGAAUGCAUAACUAUGUGAACGUCGGAGGAAGUCAUCAGGGAGGAGUAAGAUCCACAUGUACAGACAACACCAAGGCAACAGGAUACAGCAACUGGGACUUCCCAUCCCACCAAACAGUAGAUCUCUGUGGAGACCUGGAACAGUUUCACCAGAAGUACCUGACUGUUUCCAAAUUUUCAGCAUGACAAAAGACAAAAUCUGGAUCUGCAUCUUGCUCUAUUUAAACGACCAGUGAAAGUAUUAUUGUAUUGACAACCACCCCAUCCUUUUUAUGAUGAAUUGUUGGGGGUGACAACAGGAAGAAAAGACUUGACAAAGUUUUGCAAAUUCUUGAGAUCUGAUCUUUCAAAGAGGACAGAUGACUGUCAGUGGUGUGGAAGCAAGAGGAGCUACACACAAAAUUGUGGUUUGGUUAGAAAAACAAGAAAACCCAGCCUUCAGCACCAAGGACAGGUGCCAUGUACAGAAGCAGGUGUUUUAACACAACCUUAAAGAUUAGAUUUCCAUGGACGUUAAGGAAGUUUAUAAGGUUGUAGGUGCACAGUGAUGAUGAUGAUGGUGAUGCACUAGUAUAUGUGUUACAGACUGCAAAACAGAAAUGGGCAAAACUUUCGCACAUUCCAUUGUUCUAAGAACAUAUUGGUGUGCCUGUGUCUUCUGGAUGCAGAGAACAAAAUAUCUUCUAUAUGUCACAUGCAAAUCAGCAUGUGUCUUUCAAAAGUAAGGCACAAAUAUCUUAACUUUGGCUGCUGUGACCAGUUUUGGCAUCAAGACUUUGGCAGUGGAUUAAAAGUUUCACACAACAUACACUUGUUCUUGUUCAUCUGUCAUUGUUGAUAAUGACAGCACCGGGCAGUCUCACACAAUGACUGAUUAUAGGAGAGGGGUGGAUUGGAGGUGGAUGUACAGUUUGUGGUUGAAAAUGUACAGCUUUCAUUGGUUGGAGAAGAUUGUUGAUAUACAAGAGCUGGUUUGGUCCAAACCACAGGGUACUACAAUGGUCGAGAUAAAUAUGAUAAGGGAUACCAUGCAUGUGUAAUCCAUGGCAGAAUGCCACAUUACCUGGAAAAGGGAUUUAGGCUGAAGCUAUGUGCCAGUAUGGAUCUUUUCAGAGAAGGAUGAUUUAUUGGAUGUGAAUUGUACUAGUGUGUUGUAACAUCAGUGUUGUUUGUUACAUUACCCAGCAGACAUUGAUACCAAAACAUGUCACUAAUGUGUUGCAAUAGAUUUUGUUUCCAUCAUGGAUGUUAAUGUUAAGUUCAAGGUAAAUGAACAAGUGUUCCCCAGACAAACAUGUUUGGCACAUUUUUGUUGCGCCACAGCUUUGCCAGUGCCAAACUGUAAAGUGCAGACAAUUUCCAGUCUUCUGUUCAAACUCCAUGUAUUGUAUUUAUUCUGAUCAUCAAUUAUAGCAAUGGGGCAAGUAUGACAAUAGGCUUGUUGAACUUUAAUGGUGAACAUAGGCAUAUGGCAGCAAUAGAUUUUGUAAGAUUAUAUGUAAAUGAUUCAAUUGCCUCUUUGAUUUUUUUCACAAGACCAGGUGGUGAAUUUUAAGACUUAAGACCACUCAUUUGUAUUUCCAUGUACAUACUAUAGUAGUUGGAUUGUUUUAAUUCCUAUCAUAUUCAGCCAACAUGUGGGUUAACCUUCUCCCUACCGAGUAAUGGCUGCAACAGAUACAUCUCUGUAGAGGGAACCAUCCCUUAGCUGACACGAGGUUAACCAUCCCUUCUGCAGGGAGGAAGUCCAUUUCUCAACAUGCCCAGUCAUUGUUAUCAUAGCCUGGUGUCCAGCCUUGUUAGUUCAGUCCAUGCCCUAGGGAGCGGACUAAA